AUGAGUAAAGUGUGUGCUGUCUUUGGAGGAUCCAGAGGGAUUGGAAAAGCUGUUGCCAAGUUACUAGUUCAAAAAGAUUAUAAAGUGGCUAUUCUAUCCAGAAAUCUGGAAGCUGCCUCAGCCACAGCCGAAGAACUUGGAGCUCAUCUGGCUCUUAACUGCAAUAUCACUAAAGAACAAGAAGUACAAAACACAUUUCAAGAGAUUGUGAGAAGUAUUGGUCAUGUUACCUACCUGGUCAAUGCUGCUGGCAUAAAUAGGGAUGGACUGUUAAUGAGAACCAAGACAGAAGAUAUAUUGUCUCAGCUCUCCGUCAAUCUCAUAGGACCAAUACAUACUUGUAAAGUUGCAUUACGUAGCAUGGUCCAGCAGCAGGGUGGAGCUAUUGUCAAUAUAGGCAGUGUGGUUGGUCACAAAGGGAAUGCUGGGCAGAGUAUUUACAGUGCCAGCAAGGAAGGCUUGGUUGGAUUCUCCAAAUCCCUGGCUAAAGAAGUUGCAAGGAAAAACAUACGGGUUAAUGUGGUUGCCCCCGGAUUCAUUCACACGGAUAUGACUUCAAGCCUGGAUAAGGACUUGCUGAGCCGAAAUAUCCCUCUAAGCAGGUUUGGUGAAGCGGAAGAAGUGUCUCACGCUGUGGCUUUCUUGUUGGAGUCCCCGUAUGUUACUGGCCAUGUUUUAGUGGUGGAUGGAGGGUUACAACUCCAGAUUUAA